UUUUCGUAAGAGUAGUGUCACUAGAAACCCGCGGGCGGACUCAUCGAAUCACUUGAAUAUUGCGAAGUCAAUGAUGGAAUCGUGAAUAUUCAUAUAAACCUACCACAAUGUUAAUCUAAAAGAAACGAUAUUUGCGCUAUCGUCGGACAGAAAAAGAAUUAAAAGGAGCGCUUAAUUAAUGUUAGUCGUCGCGGCGCGAAAUCUAUUUUACAUAUGCUCUUUUAAUUCUCAUUUACAGCAACAACUGCAGACAGAACAAUAACGCAUUGACAAAAGAAGUCAUGAACAGAAGAAGAGUCCACAAUAAUGCAUGUCGUUUUCAUUUAGACACUUAUUUAUAAACGAGGUGAUAUGACAUGCGCCAUGGAAAAUAGGACAUAGCAAUGGCUUAAAGAAGAAGAAAAGAGCAACACUCACAUAACUAUCUUUGGUUAUUCUGAUUCUCGGUGUAUUUUACUAUGAUACUCUUCGUGUACACGAAAGUUGAUAUCCUCUGUACUAAUGUAAUAUUUUUAAUUAUUUACGGUACGUGUAAAUUAUACGAAUUCAAAUGUGUUUGAAAUUGCAAUUCAAAUGUCACCAAAGCAACAGAGAACCCGUUCUCGAUUCAAGGUGAUAACUCCAUUUCGAUCACUGGUUCUCUGUGGCGAAAGUAGACAAGAAAUGGAAGAUUGGCUGAACGCGUUAAGGACAGUAACAGAGAAUCGUGCUCAAGCAGAUUCUGGAAUUGCAGAAAUGCUUAGUGGUAAUCAUCAAUGGUAUGCAACAAGCCAUGCGAGACCAACGUAUUGUAAUGUUUGCAGAGAUACUCUUUAUGGUGUUACUUCUCAUGGAUUAAGUUGUGAAAUAUGUAAAUAUAAAGUUCAUAAGCAAUGUAGCAUAAAAGCAAUAAAUAAUUGCAAAUGGACUACAUUGGCAUCUAUUGGUAAGGACAUUAUUGAGGACCAAGAUGGGAACAUUACUAUGCCACAUCAAUGGAUGGAGGGCAAUUUACCAGUAUCCUCAAAAUGUUCUCUGUGUGAAAAAACUUGUGGCUCUGUACUCAGACUUCAAGAUUGGAGAUGUUUAUGGUGUAGAGCCACAGUACACACAGCAUGCCGACCUGCCAUAAGCGUUAAAUGUCCAUUAGGACCAGCUAAAUUGAGUGUAGUUCCUCCUACAGCAUUGCAUAGUAUAGGUAGUGAUGAAGCUUGGGAAGCUAUUAGACCUACUGGGUGUAGUCCACUCUUAGUAUUUGUAAAUAGUAAAUCUGGUGACAAUCAAGGUGUUAAAUUUCUUAGAAGGUUUAAACAAUUAUUAAACCCUGCACAAGUAUUUGAUCUUAUUAAAGGAGGACCAGGACCAGGGUUGAGAUUAUUUCGUCACUUUGAUCCAUUUCGCAUUUUGGUAUGCAGCGGCGAUGGAUCUGUUGGUUGGGUUCUUUCUGAGAUUGACCGUUUAGGAAUGCAUAAGCAGUGCCAAGUUGGAGUUCUACCUUUGGGAACAGGAAAUGAUCUGGCACGUGUAUUGGGUUGGGGGUCUUCUUGUGAUGAUGAUACUCACUUACCCCAGUUAUUAGAAAAGUAUGAAAAGGCGGGCACAAAAAUGCUUGAUCGAUGGAGUAUUAUGACUUUUGAACGUAGCAUAUCUCUGCCAUGUCACAAAACUGCUUUAAGUCGAUCUGAUACAUCCUUAAAGUCCAGUAUCGCCCAUCAAUACGAGAACAAUGUUAUUACUCAUGUAACAAAUAUUUUACAAUCGGAUCAGGAUAAUGUAGAUUUAUCUAGUAUUCAAACUUUAUGUGACACAGUAAGAGAUUUUGCAUCACAUAUACUAGAAAACAUAAAUUUAAAGGACCAACAAGUGGAAGAUAAGUGUAGAGUACUUCAGCACAAGCUUGAUUCGUUUUUACAAACAUUAUGUAACGAAGAAGAAUACUUGAACGAACAUCCUGAAAGUACGGAUAAUAAUACUUUGAAUGCUGAUGUAUCUCUAUCACUUGAGAGUUAUGAAAAAGGUGUAUUAGAAAAACCAGAAAAAGACAUAACGAAUUUAAAGAAGGUUCUAAGGAGACGUCUUGUAGAAAAAGAAAUUGUAAUGUCAAGAGCAAAUAGUUUAAAAAGAUUUAUAAGACAUCUUAUAGAAUAUUCACAAUUAACCAUAGAUGAUCACAUUAAUACACAUGUUAAAGAUACUUCCAAAACAGCAGAUGCAACUGCUGCAUCUGAUGAUACUACAUUAUUAAAUUCUGUAUCAAAUAAAAAACAACAAAUGGAUAUACCUGGUUUAAAAAUCGAACAUGGUGAAAUCUCAUCUAUAGGACCAUUAGUAGAGUCUAUAAAAAGUACAGAAGAUUCGAUAUGCACUCUUAGUCCUACUCCGAAUGUAGCAUCUUUAAGUCCAAUACCUGAUCUUAGAAGAGAUUCUCAACCUGAAGAAUUAUUGACAUUACCUGCUCCCGAUGGUUUUGCUGAUAGUAGAAGAAACAGUGACAAUUUACCUCAAGGUUCAUUUAAUUUUUACGAGUUAACAACUCAGUCUAUGUCUAUAUACACUCAACAAGAAACGGAAAUUAAUAUGUCUAAUUAUCAAUAUGAGUCUAACAACAUUGAAGGUUCUUCAGAGUUUCAAACAAGUGUUACAAGAACGAAUUUUGAUACAAGUUCACCUUCAGAUGAUGCUACCAUGCAAGAUACCAUUAUUUCUCCUGAUACAGAUUCAAUUCAUUCCCGACUUAUAUCUCCAGAACAUGAACCAAAGUUUGAAAAUAGAAGUAAAAUGGAUACAACUAGAGGUAGUUGUAGUAAUAGUAUUGUUAGUACAGAUAGUAUGAUCUCUGAUACUUUGGAUUUUAAAAAUUAUAUAAUACGAAAUAGCGAAAGUGAGAUUGUUCGUAUAGGUAGUGACAUAUUCGAUUCUACAAAAAGAUCUGAUAGUUCUGAAAUCGGGCAUAUUGAUUCUCCUGAUAAUUCAGAAAUGUUCACUAGCGAAGUACAAAAUUCUGAAAGUUUAAUCGAUGAUUUAAGUUCUCUUGGACAAGAUUUAAUAAGCACAAUGAUCGGAGAAAAAUAUGAUUCUGUAAGAGAAUGUUUAGAGUCUGAACAUAUGGAGAAACCACAAAAAUAUUGCAGUUUAGCUCAAUUCGUGGAAGGGAACGAUAUUGCUAGAAGAUCAUUUAAAAAGCAAGUAAAAAACUUCACAGUUACAGAAAAAGAGAAUAAUAAAAUUAAGCAUACAUUAGGAUCAUCUGAACAAUAUAUAACGGAGAAUAUUAAACCUAAGGACUCUCAAGAUGGUAAAGCAUCUGAUUUAUUAAGUCCUGUUUGCUGUUUUACUGUUUCUUCUGACAAUACUCCAACAAAUGAAAAACCUAAUAAUUUUCCACCUACGAUAAGUGUUAUAAUCAAUCCUCCGAGUCCAUCAAUGUCCAUUGAAAGUCAACAUGAUUCAGAUGCAGCAUUUAAAAUGAGUCCAUAUUUACGACGACAUAAUGGUGAAAGCAUGGAAAAAUUAAGCGUAGAACUGCCAGAAUCUGGUUUUUCUCCUCAAGCAACUCGUCGAAUUAGCAGUGGCAGUUUACUAAAAGCAUCAGAAGUUGUUUCUUUAGCUGCUACGGCUGCGCGGCUUGGUGGUUCUAAUGCAAGUUUACGCCAUGAAAGAGUUAAAUCCUUUGAUAAAACUGAAGACGUUAAAAAACUUCCAAUUAUUAAUCCGCUAGUUCAGUUGUCUAUGUGGCCAAAUGUCAGUGGAGGAACAGGUCUGAUUAGCCAAGCAUUACUAGCAAAUGCGGAUGCAUUAUGUGCAGCUGUAUCACCAUUAAUGGACCCAGAUGAAACUUUAAUGGAAGGCUAUUUUGAACGUUGCGUCAUGAAUAAUUAUUUUGGAAUUGGCAUAGAUGCAAAAAUUAGUCUUGAUUUCCAUCACAAGAGAGAAGAACAUCCAGAGAAAUGUAGGUCGCGAGCAAAAAACUAUAUGUGGUAUGGUGUGUUAGGAUCUAAACAGUGGUUGCAGAAAACAUACAAAAAUCUCGAACAAAGGGUGCAACUAGAAUGUGAUGGUCAACGGAUACCAUUACCUUCUUUACAAGGAAUUGUUGUAUUAAACAUUCCAAGUUUUAUGGGUGGUACGAAUUUUUGGGGAGGCACAAAGGAAGGAGACUUGUUUUUAGCACCCUCGUUUGAUGACCGUAUAUUGGAAGUUGUAGCUGUAUUUGGUUCUGUUCAAAUGGCUGCGUCAAGACUUAUUAAUUUGCAACACCACAGAAUUGCACAGUGUCAAACUGUUCAAAUUAACAUUUUGGGUGACGAAGGAGUACCUAUACAAGUUGACGGCGAAGCUUGGAUUCAACCGCCUGGAAUUAUACGUAUCAUACACAAAAAUCGUAUGCAAAUGCUUUAUAGAAACAGGGCUCUUGAAACAUCCUUGAAAACAUGGGAAGAAAAACAGCGUAGUACACUUACUGCGAUGUCUCAGUCAACAUCUACUUUAAGCAGUGCACAAUUACAGUCACAAUCCAAGUCUAGUUUAUUGGUACACGGUAAGCCAUCGCAUCUGAACGACGAAGAAAUGUACAUUUUGCUUGGAUUCAUUGAAGUGGUUACAACUUUGGUUAAAUGGGUAAAACUGCUUAUUAUAUCGCAUCCAAGCUUAGAACCAGAUUUAUAUCAGGUUGCAACUCGAACUGAUCAGGCACUUGAACAAGUGCAUCCAGAUGGAAAAAUUUUACAGACCAAUCUGAGACCAGUUGUAACAGAGUUGGUUUCAAGCGCAAGACAACUUUAUGAAGACUCGUGCGAAUUACUUAGAGAUAAAGCACAUAACUUAAGAUUACGAGAAGAUUUAGAAAAUAAAUUAUCCUUUUCUUUGGCCAAUAUGGAACAAGAAUUAAAAAAAUGUACAUUUGAUGAAGGAGGUACAGGAUUAGUAUAUUUACAAAGUUUACCAUCGGAUGAUCAGGGAGAUAAAAAGAAUCGGCACAGAGGUUUAUUCUGGUUAAAAUUCCGACGUUCGGGAGGUAAUUCUGGAACACAUCCAGCUCGGGAUCAAGUUACUACAUGGGGUGUUCAAGAAGUGUGCUCUUGGUUAGAGAAUCUUCAGUUGGGUGAAUACACUGACAAGUUCGUAUCUCACGACAUACGAGGUAGGGAAUUGUUAACACUAGCUCGUAGAGAUCUUAAGGAACUUGGCAUUACUAAAGUAGGGCACGUUAAACGAAUCUUACAAGCGAUACAUGAUCUGAAUAAUUAAGUAUACGACACGUAUAUAAACUUUCCAAAUUAUAAAAAUACGAUUAAUACUUAACGUGUUAUCACAGUUAAAGAGUAUCUAAGAAUACAAAUUCAUGUUAAUACCAUUGAAAAAAAUACUUACUGCUGUUAAAGUAGUAUACAAAUCAUUUAAAUCACAAGGUGAUAUAGACACGAUAUAAUGAAAAGUUUUAUGUAAUUAUAAAAGUCACAACAUAGAUAUUCUAAUACAAAAAGACACUUAGCGUGGUACAGCAGUGUUAUAUGAAAAUUAUAUUUUAUGCUGUUACGUAUGAAAUAUUUGAUAUUAUUGUGCCAAACUAUUGACGUGACUCUUUCUCAGAAAUCAAAAAACGGUGAAGAACCUAAUAAAUAGAAAACACUUCAUUUUUAAUAAUAGUAUAUUACAACACAGAAUAUUACUAAAAAUAAUAAACACAACAUCGAUAAUGCAUUUAACAAUCAAAUAAGAUUCGAACAACAUAAAAGUCUUGUUAAGUUAUAUAAUUUAGUUAUAUUUGUUGCUUUAUACAUUAUACAACAAUUAAAGACGUUAGAAUUAUAUUAAUGUAUAUUACAUUUAAGUUGGAAAAAUUUGAUAAAUAUUACGAUUUUAUGUUUCAUAGUACGAUACUAAGUUUAAUUGGAACAGUAUUAUUAUAUUCAAGGGUUACAUUGUAUGUAAUUUGUAGAGACUGUAUCCCAUUGUUCAAUUAUAUUUUACUUUUAUCUUAAUUUCAUACAGUAAAGGGUAGGCAUGUUUAUGUAUAUGUAAUUAAUUAAGCACAUACUUAUAUAUUACAACUGCACUAUACAAUUUUUAUAUUUGACAAGUUUUUUACGUUUACGAUUCCUUGAGUUUAAGUUAUAUGCAUGUAAAAUCAUGCUGAACUAAAGGGAUAUUGAAAUCUUGCACAAUAUGUAUAUAUACUUAUGCGUCAGUACAAAGUUUACUAUUUCCAGUGGGUUCCUAAAGUAUUACAUUCAAAGUUUUUAAUAUUUCUGUAUUUUUUUCAGUAUGUAUAUUUAUAAAAUAGUUUUCAUCUUCAAGUUUUUAUAAAUAUUAACAUUUUAUAUCCAAUAAUAAAUAUGUAUAUAGAUUUUAAGAAUGAUUUAUAAAUUUUGAAUACUAACAAAACGGCAACAUUAAUAAUAAUCACUGAAAUAUGAUGCAAUAACAAUCUUUGUUUACACUCUGAAAAAUAAUGCGUAACAUGUUUAAAAUUGUUAUUAUGCAAAUUGAGAAGAUUGUCACCAUAUUCUUUCAUUAUUUGUGCUUAAUAUGUUUUCAUAUAUACUUUCAAUUUGUGUAAAAUUCUUUAAUAUUCAUAUUCAUUUAAAUAUUUAUUUGAAAAAUAUUAUUU